GCGUUUUAUUCAAGCGGUUUCUUUUCCCCGUUCUGUGUUUUUGUUGGUGUUAAUUCUGUUAGGAUACUGAUACAAGUGGUUGGUUUGUGCGUUAGCUUAGCUGCUAGCUCCUCGACGCCAGGCGGCUGGCUGACGGUGUGUGUGACUAGCAGCUUUACCGAAGCUAAGCAGCACAAGCAACAGCAUGGCCACAGUGCAGUCGACGCUAAUGUUCGCUGUGUGCAUCCUGAUGAUAACAGAACUGAUACUAGCCAAAAAGGACUACUAUGAUAUUUUGGGUGUACCUAAAGAUGCCACUGAACGUCAGAUUAAGAAGGCUUUUCACAAGCUCGCCAUGAAAUUUCAUCCAGACAAGAAUAAGAGCCCCGAUGCAGAGACAAAGUUCCGGGAAAUAGCGGAGGCAUAUGAAACACUGUCGGAUGAGAAAAAGAGGAGAGAGUAUGAUCGGCUUAGACAGAGCGCUUUCUCCAGCGAAGAUGUGAAAGGAGGAAACCAGUACUUCCACCAGUCCUUUGACUUUAACUUUGAGGACAUGUUCAGAGACUUCGAUAUCUACAGCCAAAACAGGCACGCACGCCCCAAACGGAACUUCGAGGAGCAUUUCCGGGCUCACCAGCAAGGCCACAACCGCCACAAGAGGCACUUCCAAGGAGCUUUUGGAGCUGGCCUCUUCGAGGAUCUGUCUGACGACGUGGAGAGAAUGUUUACAUUUGACAGACAUGCCAAGCGGACUGAGAGCAGGUUUCAUGGCAUGGCAAAGCAGCACUGCAGGACUGUGACUCAGAGGAGGGGGAAUAUGGUGACCACCUACACGGACUGUACCUCAUCCUGAGAGCGACGUGACUCCUCACUAUAGUCUCCUCCUCACCUAGAGUUAAGCUAAUUGUGUCUGGAUUAGACAUACUAAUUUAUAAAAUUGCUGCUGAGAUGAAUGAAGCUCAAUGUUGUUUAUAAUGACUAAGUUAUGAUAAGGAGCAUUAUUAGGGAUUUUCCGUUUAUUAACUGACAUUGAUAACUGACUUCUUGCAGAAUUACAAAACAAAGUCUCUCCUGUUGUUUGACUGUCAAAUUCAGAUUAGACUUGAUUUACUGAUUAGUCACACAUAUGAUGCGGAAGUCUGCCACUUAGCCAUUCAGAUCAAACUAAGCAUAAAAGAAACACAAACAUAAUCAGUUGCGAAAUGCUGACUAAAAGAAAUCUCAGCAUAUAAGUGACAGCACUCCGGAUGGACAGCGUGUAGCAAGUAGAUCUGAACACACUAACACAUGGCACACAAUGGAUUGCUUUGGAGAAUUAGUUUUUUUUGCAGUUGCUUGGAAGGUUUAAUACUUGUUAGGUGCCUUUUGCAGGGUACAUGCAUUGUUAAUUAAUGCGUAAGUACUUUUAGACAUUAAUCUUAUUCCAUCAGGGGUGGACAAAGCAUAAAUUUAUUAUCUAGCCCACUAUGAAGCUCCAGUGUGCUGCCCAGUUCUGUGUUUUGGUUGUCUGGAAACCUACUUGAUUAGGCUAAGAAGUGUGAUUGUAGCUAACAUAAUAUAAUAACAUAUGGCAAGCUAGUUAGCUAGUUAAGUUCAUUAAUACAGACUAAGAGAUACCUAACGAGUAUGUGAUCAUGUAGCACAGGUGUUCUGUGACCUCAACAAAAUAAUCAUUGGCCAAAAUUUUGGCUUUAAGACAUAGUGUUUUGUUCCCACAUCGAAUGUAAAAGAUAUUAUUCAUAUCUGGCUAGCGUCUUUAUUUCCUAUCGAAGUGUUUAAUUUGCAAAGUCACUGCAUGUUUUGCUAGCUGGAGAGUUACAUGACAUCUUUGUGCUGGACUUUAUUAUUUACCUGCAUAUUCCCGAUUCUGAAAAGAUAGUCUGUCAUUAGUGCACACAAAUGAAUCCGACUAGUAAAAGUCAUUCCCUCGUUAGCCAUAUUGCCUCAGGCGAUGUGUGUAGUGCAGCGGGUGGUGGGAUUCAGAGCAGCACACGCUAUAGUAACAGCGUCGCACCAUCGUGAUGUGCAUUCUCUUUAAACGGAGCUAUAUACACCAAUGAAAGGUUUGUUUUGGUAAAGAAAAUAAGGAGUAGGGCUUAUUUUUCAUUUUUACGGUGGUUUACUAAGGAGCUAUGAGCAAAAAUUAAAAAAUUAAAAAGUUUGAACAUGAAAUAAGCUUGUUCUGGGCAGCUGGGGUAGAGAUUUGUCCACCCCUCUUCCAUGCGUAGAAGAUUUUCACAGAGUGGGUUUGCUCAUACAUUUAAAUAGAAACGUGAGUGGUUAAGGCUUAAAGGUACUACAAGAAUGCUUAGACACAUUUAUAUACAUACAUACAUAUAUAUAUAUAUGUAAACUGGAAAGCGUUACUCCAGUCAGUUUACUACGUUUAUAAGUAGAAAUGGCCAAACACGAAGAUUCUGGAGUGAACCUAAUAAAGGUCAUUGUUAUUUGGAAAAUCAGUCAAGGAUAGUGAGAUUACGGAUGAUGUUGUCGCUCUGUAUCAUGAAUGUGAACAACCCCCCAAAAAACUGGGAUGUAGCUUUAAACAUUUGCCUGAAAAUCCCCUAAUAUGCAUGUAACACCUCAACACCACAUACUGUGGUACUUUGUCUAAUUCAGUCUUGUUCUUGUAUCACCUGUUACCUGAUUUUUCAUGUUGAAUCGUUUUGUUCUCGUGCAAUAUGUUAAAGCCAGCUGUGCCGUUCAUAUCGCUGGACUUGUCGCUGUUUUGAAUUGACUCAUCAAGCACUUACAUAAAUCCUAUGGAUAGAGGAUAAAUAUCUAAAUAUAAAUAGAACAAUAUAUGAAUGUCUAUACUCAAAAGCAGACAUGUUAUAUAAUAUUCUUGGGUGGAAUAAAAUGUGAAACUGCA